AUGGCUGCGAGAAACAGCCAGAUUCCUCCUCGAGCCCGGGAGACAGGCUGUACCUCUCGGCGAUCAAGGGAUUUGGCGCGUGGAGCCUCCAUGUCUCACUCUCGACGCGCGCAGCGACCGAUCAUCGAUGUCAAAGCUGUCCAGACGGAGAAAAAGGUUCAGAGCAUUGCCGACACUUACGGGCCACUUGGCCUGAAGUCGCUGGACGAGCCCGGCUGCACGAUGAAAAUCGUGUACUGCACAUGUGUCCUGCAAUUUCACUUCCUUCGCCUGCGAGAAACACAAGAGUCCGAGAUUCACUCGGCUGCGGGGGGUCCUGACUCCUGA